AGUAUUGGCUGAACUUCAAACAGUUUACUACGGGAGUAUGUAGUGCACUAGAUAUGCUGCAAAACAUCUUUAUUUCAUGCGUACUGUAGUGCACUUGACGUAGGGUAUACAGAGACGAUUUGGGAUUGGGCCGUCAUUUAUUUGACCAUUGACAAAUUGAGCUUGUUGGAACUAGUAUUAUAACGUUAUACUCCGUCUAUUGCACUUCAAAUACAGAUAGAUAGAUAGAUAGAUAGAUAGAGUUUUGUUGUUCUAAAUGAUUCGGCAGGUAACUGGAGAGUUAGCUAGCUAACCGUACAGGAAAAUAGAUAUUUAUCAAGCACAGUAGCAAAUAACCGAAUUAAAUCCGGUAGGUUAUUGACUUCUUUCAUAAGCACGUCCACAAUACUAGAGCUGUUUGAAUAAAUGAUAACAAACCUUUAAUAUCUAAAGAUAAUAUUGCUUUACACAGCGCUGUUGAAUUCUCGAAUCUGAUUGGUCAGAAGCUGUUGAUUCAUUCCUUCUGCCAGUAGUCCCGACAGCACUGUUUAUAUCAAUGCGCUCGUUUCUAUAGUAACAGAUAGUUCACGGGGUCUAGUAUGGCGAACGAUUUAUAUCAACAGAUUUUCACUCAGUACGUUUACACGGACAACAAUAAUCCAAUAUUAACCAGAUUUUAGACAAUACUCUGAUUAAGAAAUUACCAUGUAAACAGCAAUUUUUAAUUACCUUAAUCCGAUUAAAGUCAUACUCUAAACACAAAUCGAAAUACAGGUAUCUCGGCUACUAUAGAGUAGGUAAGUACGCGGUUUGGGACGCAGCCCACGGCUUCAAGCAGUCAUCUAUUUGCGCGUACAGCAUGACAAAUAAUUAACCGCACUUGAAGCGUUCGUAAAAAUUGAAAAUAAAAACACCCAAAAUUGUAUAAAGUACUAUAACAAAGAUGAACUGUAUGUCGAUACGUGAAAUUCUGGAGGGACGUCGGACAGCGUGGCACGGUGACGUAAUGACGUGUGCUGUUAAUCGAUCUAUGUUCUAUAACAUGUAAAACAGGAACAUGAAAGGAGUAUUCUAAAAGCGACUCAUGUAAGCACCUUAAUCACAAUAUUGUCUUAUUCAGAGUAAGGUCAAUAAUUAGAUUAUUGCUGUCCAUGUAAACGUAUUCAGUGUUUGUAAUUGUUGAUCUGGUGAAGCUUUCUAUGAAGCGGCGUUUUAGUUAGCAUUUUUGGAAGAAGUCUCUAGUGUCAGCGUCUUAGUCUGAGGUCAUGCUCCCAGUUUACGAUUUUCGCCAUAGGACUUUAGGACUGUGGGAUUUCCUGAAUCGAAAGCGUGAAUUAAAAAAACAAGGUUGAUGAGAGAAAGACUACAUAAGGCUAUACUGUAUGGCCAAAUCUUUAAGAUUUCCCUGCACUGGAACGAAGAGGCCCAAACACGUUCCAGCAUGACAAUGCCCCUCUGCACAAAGCGGGCUCCAUGAAGACAUGGUCUGCCAAGGAUGAACUCGAGUGGUCUACACAGAGCCCUUGUCCUCAACCCUGCUGAACACCUUUGGGAUGAACUGGAACGCCGAAUGUACGCCAGACCUCCUCGUUCAACGUCAGUUCCUGAUCUCACGUGUGGUUGAAUGAGCACAAAUCCCCACAGCCACUCACCAAAAUCUAGUGGAAAGCCUACCCAGAAGAGUGGAGGGUAUUAUAACAGCAAAGCGGGACUACAGCUGGAAUGGGAUGUUCAGGCGCCCGCAAACUUUUGGCCAUAUAAUAUCCUUUUUAAAUAAAUAAAUAAAUAAAGAGUCCUUCCAUAUUCAAUUUACCAUACAGUACGUAAUUGCACAAAUGGCCAUGCAGUUGUUCCUGUACAUUACAUCAGAGCUACCAGAAGGUUGUGGCAUUAUUGCUGCCGUCUGUCCUAUCGUGAAGAAAGAUCUCUUUUCACCUGUUGAGCAAAGCAGGAAAACUCUGCCAUGUGCAUUCAUGUAGCAGAAAUCACUAAGAGAAGAACAGGUGUUUGAUGAUCCGGACGAGUUGCGAGCUAAAGUGGGGACUUUGGCGCAGUUGAUCAGAGACUCGCAGUACAUGGUGGUGCACUCGGGCGCAGGGAUCAGCACCUCCGUAGGCAUACCGGACUUUAGAGGCCCGAAAGGCGUCUGGACGAUGGAGGAAAGAGGAGAGAGUCCUCGGUUUGACACUACGUUUGAAGAAGCUAAACCGAGUCUGACUCACAUGGCGCUGCUGCAGUUGCAGAGGGCCGGAUACCUCAAAUACCUCAUCAGCCAAAACGUGGACGGCCUUCACCUGCGCUCGGGUUUCCCCAGGGACCGAUUGUCCGAGCUUCACGGGAACAUGUUCAUCGAGGAAUGUGAGAAGUGCGGCAAGCAGUAUGUGCGCGAAAAGGUAAUUGGGGUCAUGGGACUGAAACCCACAGGGCGCUACUGCGAAGGUACUCGAUCCAGAGGGCUCCGAGCCUGCAGAGGGAAGCUGAUCAGCACUAUUCUGGACUGGGAGGACUCACUUCCUGACCGGGAUCUGAACCGUGCAGAUGAGGCCAGCAGACGAGCUGACCUGGCUCUUACCUUGGGUACAUCUCUACAAAUUAAGCCCAGUGGUGACCUGCCUCUUCUGACCAAACGUACCGGAGGCAAAGUGGUGAUAGUGAACCUGCAGCCAACCAAACAUGACAAGCACGCCCAGCUGCUUAUCCAUGGUUACGUGGAUAAAGUCAUGGGUCAGCUGAUGAAGCUCUUGGGCCUGGAGAUCCCAGAGUGGGCGGGGCCAACGCUGUGCGAGGUCUCGGGCGGCGACGCGGACAUCCUGCCCUACGGCGCCUGGAAAAAGGAAGUCAAGAUCGAGGUGAAGAUAGAAGAAAAGAAAGAACGUGGGGUGAAGAGGAAACCGCCAAAGAAGGACAGUGAUGGAGGAGUCAAAAAAGAGGAAGAUGAUGAGGGACUAAAGAAAACAUGUAAACGUGAGGUUGUGGGGGGGAUCAGUAGAUCCGAACCGGUCAAUGAGCUUAACAAAGUCAGUGACAAAUCCGAGACUGAACUCUGCUCUUCUUCUGUGGGUGAAGCUAAAAAGCCACGGAUUGACACUCCGUCUUCAUAGAACUUUUGGGUUUUUAUUUUUUAUUUUAUUAUUUUAUUUUUUUAGGAAUCUCAGUGUACAAACCAGCAAUACAAUCUCAGGCAUAUUCUCUACCACAUCACAAAUCUCCUAGGCAACCAGUGUGUCUUAAACCGGCUUUUACACUGUACGUUUUUCAUCCCGGUUUUGCUCUUGGAGAGCAAAAUCACACAUGCAGUCCCCUCUGAAAAUAUUGGAACAGCAAGGCUAAUUCUAUAUUGAUUACGCUGCACGCUGAAGUCAUUUCGGGUUUGAGAUCAAAAGACGAAUAUGAGACAGAAUUUCAGCUUUCAUUUCCUCAUAUUUACAUCUAGGUGUGUUUAAACAACUGAAAAGAUGGCACCUUUUUUUUUUAUUUUAACCCAGCUAUGAUCAAAAAUAUUGGAACGUGUGACUGAGGUUUUUCUUGCUGCCCAGGUGUGCCCUGCUAUUCCAAUACUUUCGGAGGGGACUAACUCUAGAAUUAUUUGGUCGUGAGUUGAGAUUGGCUGUUUUGCAGGACGCGUAAUGUGACGUCCUCACUGGUGGGCGGUUUAGUGUGACAAAAGACAGCUGACGACAAAGUUAUGGCGGUGUCAGAAAUUUUCUUUAUAGAAAGAAAUAAAAAAACUCAUCUAAAAGCCAUCAAUGGGAGGACGGCAAAACUCCGUGGACAGUUAAAAGUGCAGUACUGCCUAAAAACAUGAUAAAACAUCCUUAUUACCUCAUGCUCGCGUUAAAGGAUGUUUUGGUUUAUAUGAGGCCGUUUUCUGCGUGAGCCCAUAUCACGCUGCUUAAUGAUGUAAGCAGAGUCUAGGAAUUUUCUUUAGUCACAGGUCUACCGUUAGAGCUAUCUUGUUGUAUAAUCUGACAUGGAGAUCACACGUUAUCACACAGUGUGUUAUAUAUUUGAUUAGGAUCACCUUGUACAAUGUGACGAGUAAUAAUCUUAAAUGUUUGGCUUUACUCCUGUAGAAGACGAAGCUCUCGUCCUCGAGUGCGUAGUGAAACAAGGUGCGAGUUGCGUGUACAGACUGAUACGCCGUUGCUGAUUGCAGUGUAGAGAGUCUGACGUGCACCAGUAGCUACUCACUGAUGUUACAUUUAACUCUGUAUAAAGCGUAAAAGUUUACUUUGAUGUAGAGUGUCCUGCUAAGCUGUUUUCGAAUAACUAAAGCCUGACUGAUUUCUCCUUUUAUUGGGGUCUACCGAGUCAAGUCCAGUUUCGACUCUGCUGAGCGAGCGAGCGAGAAGGAAGAGCGCAUGUCGCGGUGAAGUGCGAGCUGAAGUGCCGUCACGCUUAAUAGUUUCUCAGCAGCUUGCGCUCUUAUUUUAAUGACCGCACUCACUGACACUAAGUGUGUGCACUUAAGUCAGCCAUCCUCACACUCUGGGUUAAUCAUACUGUUUAAACACUGUGGCCUGAGCUUCGAGAACUGACAAAGGUGCGCACAGUUUUGUUUUAUUUCAUUUUUAUUUCGUUUUUAUGUUGCACGUUCUCCCAUCAUAUUGUACUGGUUACAAUGUGGUUCACUUAACCAAGGCUACUUAAGACAAAAGGAUCCUUUUUUUUUUUUUUUUUU